AUGGCUUCACAAAACCUCCACGAUGACGUUCUCAGGAAUAUGCUCUCGUACUUAGACCAACACACACUUCGCGCGGUGCUAAACACCUCUAUGUACCUGUCCGGUAUCGCUACCCCUCUAAUCGUUCGAGACGUCAUUCUCAAGAGGUACCCUAAACAAAUCGAAUGCUUCUGCCAAUUUGCUCUCAAAAAGAACUUGUGCCAAGGCAUCAGGCGACUGACUAUGGUCGGCAAUAGCGUCUCGUCCCUCCACAAGUAUGCAGGUUGUGGUCUUGUAGAGGUCCUCCGGGCCAGCACUCGGCUCGAGGGACUUGCACUUGACAUGAGGCUGCUGAGAUGCUACAGUCCACUGAGCGACUGGCUUGCCAAAUGUUGGCCUUCGUUGCCUCUCACACUGUCCAACAUCACUCUUCAAAAUGUGCGCAAGCUCGUCAACCGAACCGAUCUCACUUUACAGUUCUCCCCGUCCUUCCGCGAGAAGACAAAUCUGGGGUGGUUUUUCGACCUAACUGCUAAGACUGUGAGACGACUCACCAUCCACGACUUCCCUGACUCGGGCGCAUAUUACUUCUACGCGGACUGGCAUGAUAACUCUCUGCGGAACCUUGUCUGGCCGAGGCUUAGGUCUUUCGAAUCUGCUUGGGACGAGCAGCUCCUCUUCUUGGGACAGUACUGCCGCAACCUUCGCAGGAUUCGGGUCAAUGGUUACUGCGGUGGACCCAUCCAUCUUAGUUAUCUGCAGGAGCGGAUGCUGCACCAGGGAUGCCAGUUAUCUAGCUUGCACAUCCCUGUUGCCGUGGCAUCCCAAGUCAGCUUCGACAAUCUCAUCCCUCCGGCGUGCAUAUUUCCGCGGAUCGCCAAGUUCGCCAAAAGCCUCAAGUUCCUGUCCCUUGAGGUUGGCAAAGACUGCCCGUUGGAUGUGUUGUUCGAAGCAGUCGUGUCGAUGGCAGUUACGGAGCAGGAGUGCGACUGGCACGCAUUUUCCGAGCUUCGCUAUCUAGCAUUGACGAUGACGCCACGGGCUCCAUCCAGCACCGGGAACGGCGCCUCUGUCGAGACGCAUCAUCCAGGGCUGCUGGCCAUUCUGUGGCUCGAGAUAUUUCCGCAGUUGGAAUAUCUGGAGCUAGAAGCUAGGGGUAUUAAAAGCUGGGAGAGGAGUUGGUGGAGGCCGGACGGGAGCGGCGGAAACCGUGUUGUCCCGGAAAGUGAGGGAUUGUCGGCUCGAGAACGUUUUGAAUGGGAAGGUGUACUAUAA